CCAUCUACAUCUGCUUGCAUGAGAAUUCAGAAUUGAGAAGUUGGGCUCCAUCCAUCCCCUUCUGCAUGCAUGAGAAUUGAGAAGUUGGAUGCUACAGUAAUCAGAAAAGAUGAAAGUGUGGCUGCAGGAGAGGGAAAAUAGAGAUGGAAGCAAUUUUUCUUGUUGGAUUACUUUGCGUUUUGUUCAAUAAUGGAAUUGAAGUUGAUGCUUCACACUCAGAAUUCCAGAAUUUUCAAUCUCAUAAUCUAACAGUGCCAGAAACCCAACCUUACAGAACAUCUUAUCACUUCCAACCUCCAAAGAACUGGCUGAAUGAUCCUAAUGGGCCAAUGUUGUAUAAGGGAUUUUACCAUUUAUUCUAUCAAUACAAUCCAAAUGGUGCUUUGUUUGAUGCUGGUAUGGUAUGGGCACAUUCUGUAUCACAUGAUCUCAUCAACUGGAUUCAUCUCAAUCAUGCCCUUUACCCAACCGAACCGUUUGAUAUCAAAAGUUGCUGGUCCGGUUCUGUCACAAUUCUUCCAGGGAAUAAGCCUGCCAUUUUGUAUACUGGUAUCAAUGCCAAUGAUACACAGGUUCAGAAUUUGGCAAUGCCAAAGAAUCUAUCAGACCCAUUACUUAAAGAAUGGAUAAAAUUUUCACAAAAUCCUGUCAUCACUCCACCCACUGGUGUUGCAAAGGACGAUUUUAGAGAUCCAACAACUGCUUGGGUGGAUGCUGAAGGGAAAUGGAAUGUGAUUGUUGGGAGCUUGAUCAAUGAUCGAGGAAUGGCAAUCCUUUAUCAAAGUGAAGAUUUUGUUAACUGGAGAAUGUAUAAAGAUCCUCUUCAUUCAAAAGAAAAAACUGGAAUGUGGGAGUGUCCAGAUUUCUUUCCUGUGUCUAUUAACAGCACAAAUGGUGUGGACACUUCAGUCAUGAAUCCAAGUGUUAAGCAUGUAAUGAAGGCCAGCUUCAAUUCACAUGACUACUACAUCAUAGGCACUUAUGUCCCUGGGGUGCAAAAAUAUAUUCCUGACACUGAUUUUACAAGUACUAACACAGACUUGAGAUAUGACUAUGGAAAGUUUUAUGCUUCAAAGACAUUCUUUGAUAGUAUCAAGAACAGGAGGAUAUUAUGGGGCUGGGUAAACGAAUCGGACAGCAGUGAAGAUGAUGUUAGAAAAGGAUGGUCUGGACUUCAGUCAUUUCCUAGGCAAAUAUGGCUUGAUAGAAGUGGAAGCCAAUUAGUGCAGUGGCCAGUGGAAGAAAUCAAUAAACUACAUGACAAGCAAGUUAGCAUCCAGAAUAAGAAACUUGAUGGUGGAUCAGUGCUUGAAAUUCCAGGCAUAACUGCUUCACAGGCAGAUGCAGAGAUUGUGUUUGAAUUGCCAGAAUUAGAAGAGGCUGAGUUAUUGAAAUCUACCCCGGUCGAUCCCCAACAAAUGUGUACUGAUGCAAAUGCAUCAGUCAGAGGUAGACUGGGGCCAUUUGGUCUGUUAGCUUUAGCAACAGAGGACUUGACAGAGCAAACUGCAAUAUUCUUUAGAAUUUUUCGACACGAAAAUACAUAUAUAGUACUCAUGUGCAGUGAUCAAAGCAGGUCUUCUAUAAAAGAAAAUGUGGAUAAAACCACAUAUGGAGCUUUUGUGAAUAUAGAUCCCCAAAAUGAAAAGAUUUCAUUGAGAAGCUUGAUUGAUCACUCAAUCAUUGAGAGCUUUGGUGGGGAAGGAAGAACUUGUAUUACCAGUAGAGUUUAUCCUCAGUUAGCUGUUCAUAAAGAAGCUCACCUCUAUGUGUUUAACAAUGGAACUCAGAGCAUAACCAUCUCAAGAUUGAAAGCUUGGGGAAUGAGCAAAGCCCAGUUCAAUUACGAAGAAAGUUGCUUAAAUAAUGAGGCUCACAAUGGAGAAGGAUUGAGCUGUUUUGUGGGUAUGUUUGAGAAAUGAUGUGGUCAUUUGUGCUGAUCCACUGUCACCAUCCAGUUUAUUUACAUACUUAGCUAAUAAUUUAUUGAAUAAUAGAAUAUGAAACCUUUCAUGUACUUA